AUGGCCAAACGUGCCGCAUCCAAUGAUGGUGCACCUACCUCGAAGCGUAUCAGAAUUGAUGACGGGAAUCAGACAAUACCGACAACACCACUAGCGGAUAAGCAUGCAUGGGCGAUUUUAGAGCAAUUCCUUACCACGGACAUGACGUACCCUCAGAUGGAAGACGCUCUACUAUCGUACCUCGGCGAUCAAUAUUCCGCAGAUGAUUGGAAGGAAUCCCGAGACGCGUUAUUUUCGGGUGACGGUGAUGACGAGCUUGCCUUGGCAAACCUACGUGCUGUUAAGGCAAAGCACAUACAUCCAGCCUUAUCCGCUCCCAAGGAUUCUUCCAUGGCCGACAGGCGAUCGACCAGUGCGCGCAUUCAAAGUUCACGUAGACGAGCCAAAUCGAAAAAUCCCUACCUCGAUCUGGCUGCUGCAGACGACGACGACGACGAGGAGGAGGAGGAGGAGGAGGAGGAGGAGGAGGAAGAGGAGGAAGAGAACCACAACAAACCCUCGGAGUCCUGGAAGGUUACCUCCUUGCCAGGACUAUCAUCGGCCGCCAGGUUUACUGCAGCUAUCGACGAAAUCACGAAUCGAUUCGAAGGCACACAACCUAGCCCAUCACAAGAUCGUCAGACUAUUCCCACCUCGAUAUCUGGCCUCAUCCCUUUAGCUGGAUUGCAGGACGGGAGGAUGUAUCUUCUCCAUGUCCAACGAAAUGUCACAGAUUAUAUCGCUGCACACCUUCGGAGGAAAAAAUUUGCCGUCAAGGUGUCAGCUUGGAUAGCUGGCCAGCUGUAUGUGGUGGCAGACAGCCCCAAAACCAUCGCAGAUUCGCUUCCUUUCUCGCUCUACCUCGCCGUGAAACAAUAUCUCGUCAUAACGGAUGAGGAACGUGAAAUGGUCGAGCGUUCUUGCAGCAAGCUUCCCAUUCCAGCUUGGGUGAGGAUCAAGCAUGGCAAGUAUAAGGGCGACAUAGCCCAAGUCUUCGAUUCGGAUUUGCCGAAUGAUUUGGUUGCGGUCUUGGUUCCCCUACGAGAUUUCCCAUACCCCAUGUCCCGAGGAUCUCGGUGUCUACUCGACCGAUCCCGCCUUCCGAACGGGGACGCGGUCUCCAACAUCUAUCGCGAUGACGAAGUUAUAGGCUGCAAGUACAAAGGAGAGAGAUACUACAUGGGCCUCCUACUUCGCAACUUCCACCGCGAUCGCCUAGAACGUGUCGUCUGCCCUCACGUUAACGACAUUGAACUCCAUUUGCGAUCCGGAUGGGACAAGUCAUUCCUCAAGAGCACUGUUGUUGCGUUUUCGAUGCAGUUCUUGCACGCAGGCGAUUGGGCCAAGAUCGUCAAAGGAGAUCUUAGUUCAGAAGUCGGGAUGGUCACCUCAACCGACCAUACUGUCGGUUCUGCCACCUUGGAUUUGAGCUUGAGUGGACACCGAAAGGAAGUAGAAUGUCGAUUGCAGGACAUAGAACGCGUGUUUCGGAUCGGCGACACGGUUCGAGUUGUAGCAGGUCCAUACUUCGGUGUGGAGGGGCACAUUAUUGAAAUGGUAGAUGAUAUAUUUCGUCUUUGUCAAGAUGUCUCAAAGGAAGAGGUGGAAGUUUCAAAGUACUAUCUGGACCAGCGCCCUCUGACUCACACGCGGCAAGAACGACCACCAACGCAGCAACUUUUUACACCUCCCGCUGAUGUUGAAUCAAUUCAAAUAGGGGAUUGUGUAGAAGUACUUGUGGGGGAGCAUAUAGGCAAGUGUGGCAUCGUGCGUUGGCUGCCCAAGGGAGGAGGAACUCUGUGGUUCCAGGACGGAACAUUGUACAUUCCGGUUCCCAUUGCAGUAGUUCGGCGGACACACCUCCCACACCUUCAGACAUUACAGUUCACGAAAGACAAGGGCUAUGAUGUCAAACCUGGAGACAUUGUAAGAGUCGCCCGUGGGCCAGAAUAUCAGACGAAAGGGAUCGUGCGAAGCGUCGACUUUCCGAAUGCUCGUUUGACCCUACUCUCUGACAUCGAUCAUUCACUCGUUGAUGUUCCCAUCUCUUUCGCGAUGAAAAUACACAACGCCAGCCUGGAUUCCUUCAAACAGGACAUCGGCCAAGAAGUAUUCAUCAUUGGGGGUGACCGUAAGGGUUACCGAGCUACGCUCUACAGCCUCGCCGUAGAGAAAUGUACACUUGCUGUGCAUGGGCAGCAACGCACUACAAUCCCACUCCAGAAUGUUGCCACAAGGUACGGAAGGAGACUAAACGGUACGAUGCUCGAAGGAAUAGACAUGUUGUCUUUCUGUGAGAUGCGGAGAAAAUCGUACCUAGCCCCACAACCUCGAAGCGUCACCCCCCCACCUGAGAAGGCUCACUCUAGCUCAUCGGUUGCAAUUGCAGCUCCUGGCACGUCCUCAUCCGCCUGGACCAACUGGACCACCAGCCCCGAUGAUCAGGCUAGCAGUCCUUUGCCCAGCAUUAAUCCCAGCACUUUGACUGCCGAUCCGAAUCCCUGGACUGUCGAUACUGGCGACACACUAGAUAACAUUGAUUCUCGAUCGGAGAAACUCGAAGAGGGCCCGCUAGCUUGGCUAAUGAAAAAGGAAUUUUCCUCCAAGCUCACCACGUAUCACGUGAUGUUAAAAGUCUCGCCCUCCUUUAUGAGAGGCAGGCUACACAAUCGAUUUGUGUCAACCGCUUGCCCUGAUCCCUUCCUCGGUCUGAAUGGACCCGCCCCCGAGGGCUGUGUUGCAGUGUUCUGUUCAUCGAACGGUGCAGGCGCCGCCAUUCAGCACUAUCACAUACCGAUCACAGAUCUAAGCCGAGCUCCUCCUCGCAAAAAAAAUCAAGAGUGUAUUGUUCUAGAUGGGAGUCAUCGCGGUUCCAUCUCUACUAUAGCUAAGUGCAACCUUAAGAAGAACACCGUGGAUAUUGCAGUUACUCCUUCUACCUUGGUAACUUUACGUUUUGAUCAGAUCUGUCUUGUGGAGAAGUCACGCGCUACUAUGUGA